GGGACAUAAGUUGAGGAAAGAGAGCAUUUAAAAAUGGUCCAAAACGGUUGAAAUUGAAUCAUGAAGGAUGAUGGUUCGAACCAAUCUUUACCAUCAUUGCGAAUCUUUAGAGGUCGAUGGCCUCUUCUACUAACUAAUAUAGCCCUCUCAUAAUCCUAUAAAAUGACAAUAAUACCCUUCUCUGACCACUUCCACCACAAUUACCUAAAUACCCUCGCUCUAGUUCUGUGAACCGAAUCUUCUGUUUAGAGGACGAAUACGAUGAAGAGCCACGAGAAGGGUUUAGGCGACCUUGGGAAUUACGAAAAUAUCCCUAAAGAUCAAUUUCGAAAGAAGAGCAAGCAAGAAAACUCUUUUUUUUUUACUUCUCUCUCUCUAACUUCUUUCUCUUUAAUAUAGCAUCAUCAUUCACAUGACGCAAUAUGCACAAAUCUCCUCUCUCUCUCUCUCUCUUCUCGCGGCCGCCAUCUAUGCAGAAACACAACACAAUGCAUGAUUGUUGUGUCAGGAGAGAGAAGGUUCUUUCUCUCUUUCUUUAGCUUUUGGGGAUCUAUAUAACAGACAGUGUCUCACUUUGUUCUCUUUGUCCCUCUACCUUCUACACACACAAAAAAAUAGCGUCUCUCUUUUCUCUCUCAAUCUUCUUUGUUAACUCUGCUUCUCAACACUUCUUCCCAAAAGCAAGAAAGCAAAAAUGGAGAGGCUAAACUCAAAGCUGUAUGUAGAAAACUGUUACAUAAUGAAAGAGAACGAGAGGCUGAGGAAGAAAGCUGAGCUUCUGAAUCAAGAAAAUCAACAGCUUUUGUUUCAACUCAAACAAAAACUCUCCAAAACUAAGAACCCUAAUAAUGGAUCAAACAAUGACAACAAAUCAAGCUCUGCUUCUGGACAAUCUUGAUUUAAAAUCAAGAAGACGUGUUAGAGCAAAAGAGCUGGAAUUCGUAGGGAAAAGAAGAAGACCCAACCUUUUGGAAUUAUUUUUAUUUUGUUUGGUGUAAUGUAGGGAAGAUAAGUAGUAUCCAGUACUGUAGUAGUUAUUAUGAAAAGAAGAUUCUGUUUUAUUACAAGAAGACAGUGUCUCUCCGUUAGUCUUCUCAGUCAUAUUUUUUACUUUUGUUUCUAUUUUCUAUGUUAAUUAAAGAUCUUCCGGUGUGGGGUUGGGACUUUAGGAUAUGGUUGAUUCUUGGACUAACAUUUUGUACCUUUGCUCUAUUUAUCAAAUAUUGUCGAGUGCAUAUCAA